GCUCACAGAAUUGCCUGUGUCGCAAGUAGAAGGCUGGAGAGCUAGGAUUCCCUUCAGGUCUCCAGGGCAGCAGCCCAGGUGACCAAUCAAGUCCUGGGCCUAGGGUCAUUGUUGGAGGCGCAAAUGUUGCUAUGACUACUGAAACCUCGGUGACUAAACUAAACAGAAAGGAGAGCCUGCUCAGUCUUCCAAGACCAUGUCAAGCAAGUCUGCAGACAUGUCUGUGGAAAAGAUGGUACAAGUAGAAGAGGUAUGCAGAACUGGAAGAAGGGGCUGGAUUGGAGGAGUUUCCUGAUCGAUUUACUGGAAAUGGUUGGUUUCCUGAGAGGCCCUUGAUGUAACAGGAGGACAGUAACAGGAGUGGGAGACUAUGUCUGGCACAUAGUAGGUAUUCAGAUAUUUGUUGCAUACCAACCCCUGCAUGUUUCCUUUGAUCCAUUCUGAAAGGAGUAGGACUUUCUCCCCACCUCCUCUAGGAAAUUGGCUACAGCUUCUCUCAAAAGAGGAAGGUCUAUGUGUCUCCCACUACGUUAGGGUACUGGGGGGGAGGUACUGGAGAUCAAGGCAGGUCAACAGAACCCCCCUUUUCUUGCAGAGUUUACAAAGGGUCCUGGGACUUAAGAAGAUGGUGGACAGGUGGCAAAAUUCACACACUUACUGCCUGUGGCAGAUGACAUUAAGACAGAGGAGGAACCUGUAUGCUAUCCUAAGGAUGCAGGACACUAUGGCACAGGAGUUGGCAUUGGCCAACAAGCAGCUACUCAUGGUCCGUCAAGCCGCCCUGCACCAGCUGUUUGAAAAGGAACAUCGGCAGUACCAGCAGGAACUUAAUCAGAUGGGCAAAGCUUUUUAUGUGGAGCGACUCUGAUGGCAUUUGAAACAUCGUCUUUCCAUUCUCACCAU